GUAUGCAUGUAUCCCACUGUUGUCAUUGGACAUUUUAUUUAUCAGCCUUGGCCAUCAGAAUGAAUGCAUCUGAUUGAUGGAUACCAUUGAUUGGCAUUCUGCGCGGAAAUGAAAAAGAAGAUGUGCGAAGAACGUAUCCAGUCUGUAGAUGAACGAUCUGAUCUGCCAAGAAAAAUUCUAAGUUUCCGUUACAUCUCAUUGAUGACUGGAGAAUAGAAUGGGUCGUUGGUGAAAAUUAUUCAAAUAAAGGCGUGACAAUUGAGUUGAGAAAGAUGUCGGGAUCGGAAAAUCCGUAUCGGGUUCCAACUUUCAAAGUUCCAACCUGUCGGAGCUGCAGAUCAUCACCAAAAUCAGAUUCUUUCUUUAAGCUUAAUCGAGAUAUCUUACCCAACACAAGUCAGGAACAAGUAAGAGUUAACAAGGCUUACUACCAAAAAUUCAAUAAACUACGAAAAAUGUCAACGGAAAAGAUAUCGGUUUUGUUUGUCUGCCUUGGGAACAUCUGUCGUUCGACGAUGGCUGAGGGAGUCUUCCGUUCCAUGACUUCCAAGGGCCCUUACGCAUCCUUGAUAUCUAAUGUCGACUCUUGUGGUAUGUUAAUAUUCAUCACGACUAAAGUUCCAUUCACAUAUUUUGAUACUGAUUUAUCGAUGUAGGAACUGCAGCCUAUCAUACUGGAUCUGCCCCAGAUUCCCGUACUAUGGCCACCCUUAAGGAGAAUGGAAUUAGUGACUAUAAGCAUAAGGCUCGAAAGGUAUUUUGAUACUUCCUGUAGCUUCUUGAAGCUCAUGUAUUCAUUUGUAUUCUAGGUUUCUCUCAAUGAUUUCAAGAACUUUGAUUAUAUCUUUGCCAUGGAUAGUGAGAACCUUGAAGAUCUUUCAUCCUUAGGGAGGAGAACUGAGGGUAAAGCAAAGGUUAUGUUGUUUGGAGAGUAUGCUGGAGGUUCUAAGCCCGAGGAGGUUGAUGAUCCAUAUUAUGGUGGAAAUGAUGGAUUCAAGGCUGCUUAUGAACAGUGUACGAGGUUUUCUAAGAAUUUCUUAAAGGCUACCUUUCCCGAUGUUGAGAAGUAGAGAUGUUGAUGUUAUCAAGAUAGAUAUAGAUGGUUAGAAAGAUAGAGGUCACGAUUAUAUGAAUACCCAUGAGUUAGAUCAUUCUUAGAAUCCUAUCAUCUAUUGGUGGUGGUGAUCAAAAUUGAUGUUUUGUGA